UGCUGGUAAUGUGAGAGACAGGCACCAAGAGCUGAAAGUGGGUGAGAGAAUUACUGAGCUUUUAUUCUGUGUGUGAACAGCCUGUGCAGGGGGAAGAAACUGAAGAGUGGAGCAGAAGAAACUACUCAACUCAAGCACAUGCUGCAUCUGUACAGUGACCUCACUGAAUACCCACGCGAGAAAGAGCCAAUGACAACAUGCAGCCAUCCACUCUGAAAUAAACAUGACCAGAAACCCUUCACCUCCACCAGGAAAAACACUCUGGUAAACAACACACGUGGGAUCAACAAGCUUACUUGUAAAAAAAAAAAAAAUACUUUUCUUUUACUACUUUUUUUUUCUCUCAAUUUUUAUAUCACUUUUUUUCUUUUAACAAAAAACAGUUUUGUUCAGCACAAAAAGGACGGAUCUAUUUGUUUUUGUUUCCUUGAUUGUGAUGUGAAGUUGAUAGGAACAGGGUCUGCCCUGCGGUGGUGACACAGGCACUUACUAGAAUCUUGGUCCCAAAGAAGUCGACUGGGAAGCAGAAAACACUAGAAGGAAGGAAAUAAAGUAGCAGAAGGAAAACAAGAAAGAUGGUCCUAUUCUGUGUGAUGCCGGAAUAGCUUUGGUGCAUUCAGCAUAGUUUUGAUGACAUAGUAAUUCUGAAAAAGUCAGCACUGCUACCAAACAUUUGGAGAUUAUUGAGAAUAAAACUCCAUGGACGACACCCAGGACUUGAAUGACCAGCCAAUAAAGAAAACGUGCACCGAGUCAAAUGUUACAGAAUCUCAGAACUCCAGGUCUAUGGAAAUGCAGGACUUAGCAAGUCCUCAUAAUCGUGUUGGUAGUGGAGAUACACCUGGGGCCUCCAAGCUGGAUAAGUCAAAUAUUAAUAGCACCUCCAUCACAACAAAUGGGACAGGGGGAGAGAAUAUGACUGUUCUAAAUACUGCUGACUGGCUGCUAAGUUGCAGCACACCGUCUUCGGCAACAAUGUCUCUUCUAGCAGUCAAAACAGAGCCCAUGAACAACAGCGAAACCGCAACUACAAGUGGGGAUGGAUCGCUUGACACUUUUACUGGGUCAGUAAUAACAAGCAGUGGCUACAGUCCAAGAUCAGCACACCAGUACUCGCCUCAGCUAUAUCCCUCUAAACCAUACCCACACAUUCUCUCGACUCCAGCAGCUCAGACCAUGUCCGCCUAUGCUGGUCAGACCCAAUACUCUGGAAUGCAGCAGUCAGCAGUUUACACAGCGUACUCACAGACAGGACAACCUUACAGUUUACCAGCUUACGAUCUGGGAGUGAUGUUGCCAGGCAUCAAGACUGAAAGUGGCCUUCCGCAGACGCAGUCACCACUGCAGACCGGGUGCCUAAGUUACAGUCCAGGAUUUUCAACACCACAGCCAGGCCAAACACCAUACUCAUACCAAAUGCCAGGUUCCAGUUUUACCCCAUCGUCCAGUAUUUAUGCAAAUAAUUCAGUUUCCAAUUCAACCAACUUUAGUAAUCCUCAGCAGGAUUAUCCCUCCUACACAGCAUUCGGCCAAAACCAAUAUGCACAGUAUUACUCAGCAUCAACCUAUGGAGCCUAUAUGACCCCAAAUAACACUGUGGAUGGUACAUCAUCAUCAACGUAUCAGUUGCAAGAUUCUCUUUCAGGCCUAACUAAUCAAGCCGCUACAGAGCUUCACUCAGGGGAGUUUGAUACAGUACAGAGUCCAUCAACACCCAUCAAAGAUCUUGAUGACAGGACGUGCAGGAGUGCUGGGUCAAAAUCACGCGGAAGAGGCCGAAAGAAUAAUCCAUCACCUCCACCUGAUAGUGAUUUGGAGAGGGUGUUUGUUUGGGACCUGGAUGAAACAAUUAUAAUUUUUCAUUCUCUACUAACUGGAACAUUUUCACAAAAGUAUGGCAAGGAUUCACCAACAGCUGUGACUCUUGGAUUGCGCAUGGAAGAAAUGAUUUUCAAUCUCGCCGAUGCACACUUAUUUUUUAAUGAUUUGGAGGAGUGUGAUCAGGUUCACGUAGAUGAUGUCUCUUCUGACGAUAAUGGCCAAGACCUUAGCUCCUACAGUUUUGCGACUGAUGGUUUCCGAGCAGCAGCCAGCAGUACAACUCUUUGCUUACCCACUGGUGUGAGAGGCGGAGUAGACUGGAUGCGAAAACUGGCUUUUCGUUACAGACGAGUAAAAGAAUUAUACAAUACUUACAAGAACAAUGUAGGAGGACUUUUUGGCCCAGCUAAGAGAGAGGCCUGGCUUCAGUUGCGAGCAGAUCUUGAAGUCCUGACAGACUCUUGGCUCUCAAAUGCACUUAAAUCACUAUCACUCAUUAGCACAAGAAGUAAUAGUGUGAAUGUCUUGGUAACAACGACACAACUUAUCCCAGCACUUUCUAAGGUCUUGUUAUAUAGUUUAGGAGGAGUUUUUCCUAUUGAAAAUAUUUACAGUGCGACAAAAAUAGGCAAAGAAAGUUGCUUUGAACGAAUAAUACAAAGGUUUGGCAGAAAAGUAGUAUAUGUUGUAAUUGGGGAUGGUGUAGAAGAAGAACAGGCAGCAAAAAAGAAUAACAUGCCUUUCUGGAGGAUAUCAAGUCAUUCAGAUCUUUUGGCUUUACACCAAGCACUGGAAUUAGAAUAUUUGUAACUAUUUGCAAACCUGGACGGCUAUUUUUUUUUUUUUUUAAUAUGUAAAUAUAUAUAUAUUUUAAGUACACACUGAAUUUUGUCGCGUGAUCAAAUGCCUGUGGCGUUUUUACACACCUGGAUGGUCUUAACUAAAGGGAAUGAAUAUCUGGAACAAACCAUUGGAAAUAACAAAGAAUUGAGACUGCUAUAAGAGAAUCAAAACAAAAAAAAAACUUGUGCUAAGGAUUCUUUGUGUUCUUACUUUGGAGACAAUUUUUAUUCUGUAUCAGGUCAAUGGGACACCAGUGGUUUCAUGCACCAAAGAACUCCUAUUUUGAGCGUAGAGUGUAUAAGCAGGACAAAUGCUGACACAUGUUUUCUGACUAAAGAGGUGGUGUUCAACAUUCCUCAAUAUGGGAUUUUAUUCUCAGCACUGAGGUGUGAAACAGACUUAACCUACCUAACCCGGAAAAUCUGAAUUUAGAAUGCACUCCAACUAUAUGACGACAAUCAUUUCUAGACCUGUAAUUUUGUGUAAAUUAUUGAAGAAGAAGAAAAACAAACAAAAAUAAUAAUUUACUGUGACUUUAUUAGCAACUGAUUUGGAUGUAACGUUGAUGUUUUUUUUUGUUUUUUUUCGGGGGGAACAGGGUGGUGAGAUCUGCAAAAAAAAAAAAGAUUAAUAUGCUGUCAAUUUUAUAAGUUUGGCAAUCAAAUGAGCAUAAUGAUGUGUUGUGCCUUAAUGACAAGACAAUGUUUGAGUGUUACAAUGUAAUUUUGGUUAAAAAAAAAUGUAGUUACAUGAAAUCUUCAUUUGUGAUGAUUUCUUCAUAAAUGACCAAAUUGAUCUAUAAAACAGAGAGAAAAAAAAGCUGCAAACUCCGCAGCUGGAUUUUAUCACAGGAAUAAAUAAAAACAAUUACAAUUU